AUUUGUGAAGCUGGGAUGUCUCAGGUUUGGUUGUUUAGGUCCGGAGGAGGUUCAGUGGAUUCGACCAAACAACGUAAUGAUCAGUCUGUAGCUGGGCUGAAUGGAAAGCAUUGGGUUGUGUUUGAAUCAGUCAGAAACACUGUUGCUGUUUCCCGAGAAGGACUAUCGUGUACCUGCUCUACAAAUAGCUUAUUGCUGACUUGUGCAACCUAAGGAAUAGCGAGCUAUGCCGACAGUUGCGCGCAUGUGCGAGGCGGUGGCGGCUCCGAGGGGGUGAAUUAUCUUGCCUCUACGAUUUGUGUCUUUGGGAGCUCCCAGCCAGUUCUCUCAUGUUCACAAUAGUACUACUAUGUAGCUUCACAUAAACACAGAGGGACGCGCAAUGCUCCGCUGGCUGGACCGCACACAAGACCCAUAAGUUCGUGUCAAUUCCAGGCUUCCUUACUAUUAUGCUGCCUUUUACUUUGUGAAUGUAUCUCGACCACCACAGCCAAACAAUGAGAGGCAUCCUCAAAAGAAAGUUUGCAGAGGUAGAUGACAAUCCCUGCUACUCCUCCUCCUCUGCGCCGUCCUCCCUCUCCUCCCCUGGCUCCUCAGAGUGGGAGUCGGAUGGGGAGAGCAGCUCCUCUGUCAACCAGGAUUUCACCACUCACGGCUCUUCAUCACCCACCAGUUUACCCAUUCGGUCCAUCCUGAAGAGGCCCAAGCUCGGAAGUGCCCAGAGCAAUGUGCGCUUUGACCAGGUGACGGUGUUCAGCUUCCCACGCUGCCAGGGCUUUACCAGUGUGCCUAGACGUGGAGGUGCCACCCUGGGCAUGGUGCAGAGGCACAGCACCCUCCAAAGGUACACGGUGGCAGAGCAUGCAGUGGAGCAACGGCAUAAGUGCAGAGAGAGGCUCCGUGAAAGACUGAGAGAAGAGAGGUUCAAGGCACUGAAACACAAAUUGAUCACCGCCGGGACCAUGGACCAGCGAGAAGCAGAAAGGCUCACUGUGGAUCAAAUCCCAGAUGAAGACAUCGACAUCCACAUCAGUGAUGCUGAGGUGAAGGAAGGAGGCUUCCUUCAGCCGUACUCCUCCAAACAGCGGCAAGCGCUCCUCCAGGCAGCGGGGGUGAAGCGCAUCGACAGGGAGGAGAAGAGGCAGCUUCAUGCUCUGCGUCUCUCCAGAGAGGCGUGUGGAUGUGACUGCCAAGGCUUCUGUGAGCCAGAGACCUGUGCAUGCAGUCUGGCAGGCAUCAAGUGCCAGGUGGACCGCUUCAACUUCCCAUGCGGCUGCACCAAGGACGGCUGUGGAAACACUCAGGGACGCACCGAGUUCGACUCCAGACGUGUGCAGACCCAUUACAUCCACACUGUCAUGAGACUCGAACUGGAGAGACGACUGCAAGAUGAAACACUGAGCCGAGAGGAACAGACAGGGCUUCCAGAGAACCUUGUAGAGUAUGAGGACCGGGAUCAGGCUCUUGCAGUGCAGAAUGCACAGGACAACAGCUGCCCCUUUGCAUUUACUAUGGAGGAAGACGGUCUGUCUCUCACCCUGCCUGCCUCUCCUUCCUUCCAUUUCAUCCCAGAGCAGUUAGUAGUGGAGGAGAUCAGCUGCAGCAGCGACAUGACUGAAUCCUCCUGCUCCUCCUCUGACUUGGAUGCAGGAGGAUGCCUCACUGAGAGUCAGGAUCUCCCUGUAGUUGAUGGAGGGUUGCCCCAUUCCCUUAGUAUCGGUGACUCUGAAAAUAAUAACUACUCAAUGUGCAGUCAACUGAGGCACAUAGGAGAACCACUGACACAGCGCAGCGGCAGCACUGCCACACACAGCACAACUACUGACAGUAUGGGACCACUUACAGCCAACACAUUCACAGACAAUAUAAGCAGGACCUCACUGACAGAUUAUCUCGACGAGAAUGCAAACCAAGCCAUAGACUUCUUUGACAGUGACUCUCUCGGGGGCUUCCCCAGCACCCCCUCCCCCACUGUGGACUAUUCCUCAGGCAGGUGCAUGGACCUGAGUCUUUCCUCUGACUCCGACCUGGAGUUCUUCGACAGUGACUACCCCUCUGGACCACUGCACAGCUCUUUUAAAGGACACAGACAUCCACCCAGCUUUUGCCAUCUCCAGCUGUUUAGCUCUGUUAACCUGCCACAGUACGAGUCGAGCACCUACCUCCUGGAGUCUCUGAUCGGCCUGACUGAACUGAGCCCAGAGCAGGUUCAUUCAGCCACAGACAAUCUCUUUUUAUAGGUAAUUCAAGGAACUCUUGCAAAAUAACAAGAAGCUAAAUGAGAGAAUUAUAUGUGAAGAGCACUGCUUUUAUAUAUUUGAAAGAAUAUUUCAAUGAUUGAUAAAAUAUUUUUUCCAAGCUGGAUAUUUUUUCUGUUGCCUAAAAAUAACUUGUUCUGUUUCAGAGGAAUCACACUUGAGUAAUCUAAUAUAUUUCCUGUUUUCUCUUUAAUUUCAUUAAUCUAUAUAAUGACAUGACACGUUAUUUAAUUUCAUCUUGUACCACAGCCGCUGAGAAUAUUGGAUUCUGAUGAAUGGAGGGUAUGCACCAUCUUUAAAAGUAAUUUUACCCAAAGUUAACAAAGGUAGGGUCAAUGCAGAGCUACCAUUUCAAGGCCAUAUUUCCUCAAGAUAUCAAGAAAAACAACUAUAUUUGGCUGGUAGCUGGCUGUGGUGUAGGCAGGAUAAUCCAUUUUGACUCAUGGUUCCAGCCUGCAUUUUGUUAAUUAGUUUUAAUAACUACCUGGCGCAUUGUGGAUUUUCCCUUAUAUGCUUCACAAUAUGUUUAUAAUCUCUGUAUUGGAGUAAUAAAAGAAAACAUUUUUAUGUAUU